AUGCCAGACCAGACUCUUGAGAAGGGAAGCAUAAGCCCCGGGGCAGAUUCGAAUACAUCCAAAGGGGUCUUUACCGAUGACGAACUCUUACGAACACUCUCUGUUUCGGCGGCUGUACCGGUCGAAGAGCCACCGGACGGCGGAUUUCUUGCCUGGUCCCAAGUCGUGCCAGCCCACAUCGCCAAUAUGAUGUCCUGGGGCUAUGGGACUGGGUUUGCGGUUUUCCAGCUCUAUUACAAGGAGACACUUGGCUUGCCGGCCUCCCAGGUGUCUUGGAUAGGCUCUAUUCAGAUAUUCCUAUGUUUCGUCGUGGGAAUGGUGUCUGGCCGGCUUUCUGAUGCCGGUUACUCGAAACACCUAUAUAUUGGCGGAGCUGCAUUGACGGUGUUUGGUAUGUUUGUGACAAGUUUAGCGACAUCGUACUGGCAGAUCUUACUUGCACAGGGAUUCUGCAGCGGCAUUGGCGGCGGGUUGAUGUUCAUGCCGGCAACUGCGAAUGUAGCCACCUACUUUAAAAAGAAGCGAUCACUCGCGGUGGCGUUCAACGGAUGCGGAUCCAGUACCGGUGCGAUACUAUUCCCGGCCGUCGUCCAGUUCCUCACACCACAGAUAGGCUUUCCGUGGGCGGUCCGAGUGUGCGGGUUUAUAUCCAUUUUUCUAGCCUUCAUUGGAUUCAGCAUCUUGAAACCACGGGAAUUGCGAAGGAUUCCAGCACCGAUUGUCGAUUGGAGUGCCUUCAAAUACAUGCCUUAUACUAUGUUUUGUAUAGGCGCAUUCCUUAUAUAUUUCUCCCUUUUCACAAUGCUUAUAUAUAUCAACUCAUUCGCUCGCGAAAGUAUCGGUCUAAGCGAGAGGGAGUCCAUUAACUUUGUACUCAUCACGAGUGCAGUUGCUAUCCCUGCGCGUCCCAUAUUCGGCUACCUCGCGGACCGCUACGUUGGUCCCGUCAACACGUUUGGCCUCAGCUGCAUCGCCCUAGGAAUCAUGGCCUUUGCUUGGAUAGGUAUUCGAAACCGACCAGAAAUGUACGCUUAUUCGGUUGUCAUGGGCUUUGUAAAUGGAGCGGCCCAGGGCAUCUUCUCGAGUGCAGCGAGUAGCUUUGUUCAAGACGUGAGAAAAAUGGGUACAUGGAUAGGGAUGGUGUUUGCCAUUUGCGGAUUUGCGACCUUGGCUGGGCCUCCGACCAUGGGUGCUAUCAUUGAUGCCAGUGGAGGCAAAUAUAUAUGGGCUCAGAUCUGGGCUGGAUCAACUAUUGUCAUUGGGGGAAUACUUAUCCUCGUGACAUCGAGAAUGCUAAUGGGGAAGUCAACGAAGGUAUACAUGGUUUAA